ACAACACAGUGGCACAGGCUGCACUCCGGCAGGGACAUAUAUUCCUAUUACUGCGGAUAGAUAGAAACAAACAAAACAACAUGUCUAAGAAAGAAUUAAAGAAGAAGAAGAAAGAAAAAGAAAUCCGUGUUGGAUUCUUUCAGUUGUUCCGCUUUGCAUCUGCAACUGACAAAGUUAUGAUGGUCAUCGGAGCCUUGUGUGCCUUAAUCCAUGGUGCUGCCCAGCCAUUAAUGCUUUUGAUCUAUGGUAUGAUGACUGACACCUUUAUUACAUAUGACAGAGAGACACAAGAGCUUCAGGAUAUAAAUAAGGAAUGCAUCAAUGAUACAAUCUGGUGGAAGAAUGGAACUGAAUACAUUGUAGACAACAGCACAGUGGCCUGUGGAACUAACAUUGAAAAAAAGAUGACGGAAUUUGCCUACUACUAUAUCGGUAUUGGAAUUAUUGUUCUGGUUCUAAGUUACUUUCAGAUUUCGCUAUGGGUCGUGGCGGCAGCUCGUCAAAUACAAAUUGUCCGCAAGGAGUAUUUCAGGAAGAUAAUGAGACUCGACAUUGGUUGGUUUGACAGCAAUUCAGUUGGAGAACUGAAUACAAGAAUUUCUGAUGACAUCAACAAAAUCAACAAUGCCAUCGCUGAUCAAGUUGCCAUCUUCAUUGAAAGGAUUUCUACAUUUAUCUUUGGGUUCCUAAUCGGCUUUGUUGGAAACUGGAAAUUAACCCUUGUAAUUGUGGCCGUCAGUCCACUAAUUGGCUUAGGAGCGGGAUUGAUGGCAGUGGCUGUGGCCAGGCUAACAGGCCGAGAGCUAAAAGCAUAUGCCAAGGCAGGCUCAGUAGCUGAUGAAGUCCUUUCUGCUAUUCGUACUGUGGCGGCUUUUGGUGGAGAGAAAAAGGAGGCUGAGAGGUAUGACGAUAACUUGGAGGAGGCACAAACUUGGGGCAUUCGGAAAGGGACUAUAAUAGGCUUUUUCCAAGGUUAUAUGUGGUGCAUUAUAUUCUUAUGUUAUUCACUAGCAUUUUGGUAUGGAUCCAGGCUGGUAAUUGAAACAAGAGAGUUAUCACCAGGAAGUCUUCUUCAGGUAUUCUUUGGAGUCUUAGUUGCUGCAAUGAAUCUAGGCCAGGCGUCUCCUUGUUUAGAAGCAUUUGCAUCUGGGAGAGCAGCCGCAACCAUCAUUUAUGAAACCAUAGACUUGAAUCCAGUCAUUGAUUGUAUGUCAGAAGAAGGCCACAAACUGGACCAGGUGAAAGGAGACAUUGAGUUCCAUAAUGUCAAUUUCUGCUAUCCAUCCAGACCGGAUAUAAAGAGUUUAAGUGAUCUCAGCAUCUCCAUUAAACCGGGAGAAACCACGGCUUUUGUUGGACCCAGUGGUUCAGGGAAAAGUUCUGCAGUUCAGCUCAUCCAGAGAUUCUAUGACCCCACAGAUGGAAAGGUAACAUUAGAUGGACAUGACCUCCGUACACUAAACACCAAGUGGCUGCGCUCUUUAAUUGGGAUUGUGGAACAAGAACCAGUGUUGUUUGCUACGACCAUAGCCGAGAACAUUUCCUACGGGCGAGAUGGAGUCACUAUGAAUGACAUUGAAAAGGCAGCAAAAGACGCUAAUGCCUACAAUUUCAUAAUGGAUUUACCUCAGAAAUUUGACACUCUGGUUGGAGAGGGAGGAGGCCAGAUGAGCGGUGGGCAGAAGCAAAGAAUUGCCAUUGCUCGAGCCCUUAUCAGAAAUCCCAAAAUCCUCCUCUUGGAUAUGGCCACAUCUGCACUUGACAAUGAGAGUGAAGCUAUAGUGCAAGAGGCUCUAAACAAGGUACAGAGUGGGAGAACAACCAUUUCCAUCGCCCAUCGUCUCUCCACUGUCCGGACUGCGGAUAUCAUUGUGGGAUUUGAUGGUGGAAGAGCUGUGGAAAAGGGAAACCAUGAAGAACUCAUGAAAUUAAAGGGGGUUUACUUUACGCUGGUCACCCUACAAAACCAGAAUAACAGCUCCGCAGAAAAAACUGCCACUGAAGACGUUGCAGCAGAAAAAGAGAAACCUUUCAUCAGAGGAAGCUAUCGCUCAAGCUUAAGAAACACUUUACGCCUGCGAUCUAAAUCCCAACUUUCCAAUAUAUUCCCUGUCCCCCUUUCUGGCACCGUAAAUGGAACAGCCGUGCCAGUGGAAGAUGAAAUCAUGGAACCAGUAGAGACUAAAGAAAAGGAGAAGAAAAAGGGAAAAAAAAACAAAUCAGUUAUCGGGCGAGUAUUAAAAUACAACACAAAAGAAUGGCCGUAUCUCCUCGUUGGAUCCAUUGGUGCUGCAAUUAAUGGAGUGGUUACACCCCUUUAUGCCAUCCUGUUCAGUCAGAUAUUAGGGACUUUUUCACUGCCAGAUUUGAAUGAACAAAGGAGAGAAAUCAAUGGAAUUUGCAUUUUAUUUGUGAUCAUUGCGGUCGUAUCCUUUGUGACACAAUUUUUCCAGGGCUAUGCAUUUGCUAAAUCUGGGGAGCGCCUGACACGGAGAUUAAGAAGGGUUGGCUUCCAGGCAAUGCUUGGGCAAGAAAUUGGCUGGUUUGAUGACAAUAACAACAGCCCCGGAGCCUUGACAACGAGACUCGCCACAGACGCUUCCCAAGUCCAAGGGGCCACUGGAUCUCAGAUCGGAAUGGUUGUGAAUUCCCUGACAAACAUCGGGGCCUCCCUGAUCAUUGCAUUCUACUUUAGCUGGAAGCUGAGUCUGGUGGUGCUUUGCUUCCUCCCAUUACUUGCAUUGGCAGGAGUGUUCCAGGCCAAAAUGCUCACAGGGUUUGCAAAUCAGGACAAAAAUGCACUGGAGAUGGCCGGAAAGGUUUCGAGCGAAGCAAUUGGCAAUAUUCGUACAGUUGCUGGACUGGGAAAAGAAACCAUGUUUGUGGAGGUCUAUGAGAAGCAGCUGGAAUUGCCCUAUAAAGCAGCUGUUAAGAAAUCCCAUGUGUACGGUGCCUGUUUCGGGUUUGCUCAAUGUGUCAUAUUCAUGGCCUAUGCGGCGUCAUUCAGAUUCGGAGGAUUUUUGGUCAAUACUGAUGGGAUCCACUAUGCGGUUGUCUUCAGAGUAAUAUCAGCCAUAGUCACCAGCGGAACAGCUCUGGGCAGGGCCUCAUCCUUCACUCCUGAUUACGCCAAAGCUAAAAUUGCAGCAGAACAGUUCUUCAAGUUAUUAGAUCGUGUACCAAAGACAAGUGUGUUCAGCAGCAGCGGAGACAAGUGGGAAGAAUUUAAAGGUGACAUUGAGUUCGUGAACUGCAAAUUUACGUACCCCAGCCGGCCAGUUACCAUGGUGCUGAGAGGGCUGUCAAUCAGUGUCAGGUCCGGACAGACGUUGGCCUUUGUAGGAAGCAGCGGAUGUGGGAAAAGCACCAGCGUUCAGCUGCUGGAACGAUUCUAUGACCCGGAUGAAGGCAAAGUUCUUGUGGAUGGACAUGCCACCGCCAAUGUAAACAUCUCCUUUUUAAGAAGCAAGAUUGGCAUUGUCUCUCAAGAGCCUGUAUUGUUUGAAGGAAGCAUUGCAGACAACAUCAAGUAUGGAGACAACUCACGGGAUAUCCCAAUGGAGGAGGUUAUAGAAGCCGCAAAGAAAGCACAUUUACAUGAAUUCGUAAUGACCCUGCCAGAUCAAUACGAAACCAAUGUUGGAAUCCAAGGAUCCCAGCUCUCCCGGGGACAAAAGCAGCGCAUUGCUAUAGCCCGUGCCAUUGUCAGAGAUCCAAAGAUAUUAUUGCUGGACGAGGCCACAUCUGCCCUAGAUACAGAGAGUGAGAAGACUGUGCAAGCUGCCCUGGAUGAAGCUAGAAAAGGUCGCACCUGCAUCGCCAUUGCCCAUCGUUUGUCCACAAUCCAGACCUGUGAUAUCAUAGCUGUGAUGUCCCAAGGGGCCAUUGUUGAAAAGGGCUCCCAUGAAGCACUUAUGGCCUUGAAAGGGGCUUAUUAUAAACUGGUCACCACUGGGGCACCCAUAAGUUAACAAGAACAAUACAGUCAUCAAUCUACUCAGCAAACCGUGUUUGGCCUGACACCGCAGCAGGGAAACGGUUUCUCUAAUACCGUAGGAAAUUUUGUUUGUCGUUUGAAAAUGGGACAGAGAGACAAACUCAAAAACUGUUCUGAUGUAACUAUGUCAGUUUUAAAAAUAUAAAUCAAAACACACAUUUAAAACUGUAUAAUAUAGUCAUAUAUUUCUAAAGGCUUGAAAUCCAUUGAACGUGCCAUAAGGAUGCUGUAGUCACUCCAUUCACAACACUUUAUCUUUCUUUAUUUCCUCUCCUCACAGAGAGAAAUUCAAAUAUAUUUCACAAACUUCAUUUUCAGGAGGCAGAUACGACCCCCAAUAGGUCCAAUAGAUUCAACAGACAAAUAUUUAUUAUACAAGAAAAUUCACUCAGGCUCUGUUUGCCGUCCCCAAAGAAUCAAACAGGGAAAAUGGAUGUAUUUUGCUUUCAUUGAAGAGGUGCUUUUAUACUGUUAUAAUAUUUUUCUAUAUUUAAAUGUAUUAUAAUAUUAUUCAAAGAUAAAUAAAUAUAAUUUACCAUAUUAGUUUUAUUUUUCAAAAAUGUACUAAGAUUGAAUCUGUUUAGUAAGGAUCUAAAAAGGAUCAAGCAGUAAAGGCAGCCAUACACGGGCCAAUCUGGUGCCUUCUCCAACCAAUUAGCCCAUGGGCCUAACA